AUGUCCGGAUGGCACCCCAGAAGCGGGACCCGCGGGUACCCCGGCGGCGGCCACCACCACCACCACCACCACCUGCGACCCCGAGAGUCGCGGCUGCCCAGGCUGAGCCCAUCCGAGCCCCGGGCGGCCCGCGGCGGCGCGUGGUGGCUGGAGCUCGACUCCGAGCCUGCGCCGCCGCCCUUGCGCUCCGCGCCCACGGCGGCUCCAUCGGGGGCUGCGCACAGCCGCUCGGUGCUGGAGUCGCUACUGUUGCCGCCCCUGCCCUCGGAGCCACGACGCCCUGGGCCCCGGGUGGGCAAGGACGCCUGCGGGGGCCUGGCCGGGGAGCCCUCGGACUCCCUGGGCGCCCUGCUAGGAGACCUGCUUCCCAGCAGGUUCCGCCGGUUCCUGAGCCAGCUCCGGGACAAGUGUACGGAGCAGCUGGAGCCGCAGAGGCAUGUGACCAGAAGGACCCCAGAAAGGACUGUCUACCCGCCACGAAGGCUCCCCACCUUGUCACCCACCUCCUCCUGGGUCCAGGCACCCUCCACGCCACAACACCCCAGGGGUGCGCCCCAGCACUGCCCGGCCUCCCCGCCCUGUUCUAGCAACCCAUUCCUUCCACACCAGCGGGCCCACUCCUCCUACUUCCAGGACAGCUUGAAAAAACUCCUGCUCCAUCAGCUGUCUGCCCUCACACCACUGAGAGGUGACCACUCACCGUUCACCACGGUCAAGAAGCAUCCCAGCGCACAGCCCUCCAGGCUCAAGGCUGCACUCGCGCCGGGCUCCCAGAGGGAGAGCUCAGGGCCCAGGCGGCGGGUGCGCUUUGCUGAUGAGACACUCCGGGACUCCGCCCUUCGCUACUGGGAGCGCAACUAUGUGGCACAGCGGAACUUCACCGGCAGCAGGCUGCCCGCUGUGUCGUCGGAGGUGACCGAGCAGGUGGCCGAGAGCAUCAAGCGAUGGCUACAGAAUUUGCCCGGGAGCCUUCAGCUGCUGGCCAAGGAUGAGAGCAGGGCCAGCCUCCCCCGCUGGGCCGCCCCUGGCCGGCCGGCCCCACAGCUGCUGGAGCGCCAAGUUGAGGACACCCCUGUGAGCUACAGGCAGCCUUUCCUCCCCAAGGCGAGCACCCAGAGGCCACGGAGGAACCUCAAGGCUGUCCUGGACACCCUGGGGAAGGUAGACAAGCCGCCCUACUCAUGGGGCCAGAAGCUGGAGUCCCUCUUGCCCAGCCUGGUGCUCCAGUCGGUCUUGCGGCGCAGCCGGCCCAAGGGCUACCAGCUGCUCCUGCCCUCCCUGGCAACCCAGAGGGCUCAGAGGUGAACUGGGCCUGCUGGGGAGCCCAGGCCCAGGGUCAUGCAGGCUCCAGCCAGGGGACACCUCCCUUCCUUUCCCCCUCAAUAAACACACAUCCCA